AUCCUCACCUUCGUCUCCCAGUCUCCCAGUCUCCCAGUCUCCCAGUCUCUCAGUCUCAGUCUCACCAGAUACUGCGGUAAUGUAUAUCCUACAUCUGCUCAUCCAAUGUCCUGCAGAUACAGAUACAAAUCCGCACAUAUCGGCAUAUCUUCAGGAUAUUGGAGAAAGCAUACACACACAAACACUGAUAGACUGACAUGCACCUGCAGUUUGCGCCCUUCAGUUUCCCCUCCUUCCUCAUCAAAAACGACUCAAAACGACACAACAGAGCCCUCCCGACCACCGUACGACUCAAAAAGCGAAGCGGAUACGGAGACCGUCGGAACAAAUCCGCCGUCCACCGAUCCACCCAUCGCUGACCAAUGACAAAAUUCCACACCUGCCAAUUUCUUAGUCUUGUCACGCUUCGCCCCGCUUGACUAAGGACAGACGAGGAAGCCGUGAAGGUUACAGGCACAAUCUCUUGCUUGUCCCAGCGACAAUCCGUUUCUCCUCAGCUGUUACGUGAUAGCUCCCUGAUGGCGGAACUGCGCCCACGUCGUCCUUGUGACCGCUGAACAACACAACAAACAUAUUGGGCAGACAAACGACGACCAUAUCACUCUUCAACCACGCCAAUACGGCUUCACAUACACAACGUACAUAGCGGUCGGAACAUGGCGACAAGGAAGCUCUUUCGCCAAUUCUGGCGGCCCGUAUCCAAACUAUGUACCGGUGAGCUAGCUGCAACACCCAUCCAACGCACCAUCCAGACGAGCGCGAAGCAUGCACACCCAUUUCCGGGCAAGGAACACUUACGGCCACCUCCCAAACGGAAUAGCCAGAUGCUUGCUCUCACCGGCGGAGGUGUUCUAACCAUCCUGCUCGGCUCACAACUCGCAUUUCCAUCCCACGAGAAGAACGCCCCCGAACCACCACCAUCCCAUGAGACCACCGCUAAUCCACAACCCCAUUCCGAGCCGGAAACCCAACCCGAGCUGAAAGAAGGGGUACAAUAUUACCGCCUUGAUGAAAUCCGCAGCCAUGAUGGUGCCUCGGCCCGGCCCUGGGUCACGCGCGGCACCUCCGUCUACGACAUCACAGACUGGAUCCCGGCACACCCUGGCGGCGAGGUGAUCCUGCGCGCGUGCGGGGGCAGUCUAGAUCCGUACUGGGACAUCUUCUCGAUCCACAAGCGCAAAGACGUUUACGAGAUCCUAGAGGAGUACAAGGUCGGGGAAAUCUCACCGCACGACCUCGUUGAUGGCAAGCUCCCGGCCGCAACAGUCCCUAAUCCCUUCAUCGCCGACCCGGAACGUGAUCCACGUCUCCUAACACUCACCACGCGUCCGCGCAACGCCGAAACACCCUCCGAAGGCCUCUCCCCUUUCCUCACCCCCACCCCCCUCUUCUACGUCCGGAACCACAUGUGGGUUCCCCCUGUCGAGGCCAAUGAGCACAGCCUAACCAUCACGCUCCCCUCCGGCGACGAAAAGACCUACACUCUGCAAGACCUCAAAUCCCGCUUCCGCACCCACACCGUGACCGCAACCCUCCAAUGCUCCGGUAACCGCCGCGCAGACAUGACCCGCGCCGUCCCCGACAAAGGCACCAACGGUCUCCAAUGGGAAGCCGGCGCCAUCUCCUGCGCGGAAUGGACCGGCGUCAAACUCCGCGACGUCCUCGCUGACGCCGGGUUGGACCUCGCAUCCCCCGGCCCCGACGCCAAACACGCACAAUUCGAAGGCGCCGAAGCGUACGGCGCCAGUAUCCCGCUCAGCAAGGUUCUCGACUCCCAAGGCGAUGUUCUCCUGGCCUUCGGGAUGAACGGGGCCCCCCUACCCGCCGACCAUGGCUUCCCCCUCCGCGUCAUCGUGCCCGGCAACGUUGCGGCCCGGAGCGUCAAGUGGCUCAAGAAAAUCACCGUCAGCGACGAGGAGAGCACGACGCAGUGGCAGCGCCGGGAUUACAAGUGUUUCGGCCCCAACGUCGCCAAGCCCGACUGGAGCAAGGCGCCCAGUAUCCAGGAGAUGCCCGUCACCAGCGCCAUUACACGGAUCCAGCGCCCCGAGGCCGGGGGAAAGGUCAACGUAGAGGGCUACGCGUAUAGCGGUGGCGGCCGCGAGAUCGUGCGCGUAGAUGUGUCGAUUGAUGCCGGCAAGACGUGGGCGCAGGCGGAGCUGAUGGGCGAUGAGGGGAAAGGGAGUAAGAGCUGGUGGUGGAAACGGUGGCGGUUUGAGAUCCCGGAUGAGGGGGAUGGGGGGGGGAGGUGCUGGUUAAGGCCACGGAUGAGAGUUAUAAUACCCAGCCGGAGGAUUAUAGGGGGAUUUGGAAUCAGAGGGGGAAUUUGA